AUGUUGGCAAUUUAUAAAUUGAUUUAUCCUAUCCCAUCGCCCAAUCUCCUUUCCCUUUACGCUCUCUGUCUACAGCGCGCCAAAUACAAAUCCUACGUUUUCCUCUUCAAUCCUGCCGCGAAGGGUUUCGGGAUGGCCGACAGUCCUGGCGGGAGCUACGAGAACGGCGGCGACGGCGGGGACCGGAGCCCACCGUCGAGCGUGCGCGAGCAGGAUCGAUUCCUCCCGAUUGCGAAUAUUGGCCGCAUCAUGAAGAAGGCUCUGCCCGCCAACGGGAAGAUUUCCAAGGACGCCAAGGACACCGUUCAGGAAUGUGUAUCGGAGUUUAUCAGCUUCAUCACCAGCGAAGCAAGCGACAGGUGCCUAAAAGAGAGAAGGAAGACAAUUAAUGGGGAUGAUUUGUUGUGGGCAAUGGCUACCUUAGGGUUUGAAGAUUACAUAGGCCCGCUGAAGGUCUAUUUGGCCAGAUACAGAGAGGUAUCUGAAGGUGAAACCAAGGUCCCUUCUAGGAGUGCUGAUGGAUCUUCAAAGAAUGACACAAAUAGGACUCAGCUGGGUUCUGAUGCACAAUUUGCACAUCAAGCUUCAUUUUCUCAAGGUUUCAGCUUCUCAAACCCCCAAAUUGAAUACUGA